AUGAAGUGCCGCCAAUUGAAUUUGCUGCUCUUGCUGCAGCAAGUGGCAAGCACUUGGGCGCUAAGCGAGUUCAACGCACAAUUUGUGCAGCAAGUGCUGGGCAAUAUGAAUGCGAGUGUGGCGCCUUGUGAGGAUUUCUAUGGCUACGCCUGCGGCAAGUGGAGUGAGCACUAUAAAGAUAGCAACAACUAUUUGGAUAUGCCGGGCUACAUGGACCAUAAGUUAAAUGAGCAGCUGCUGCAAGCGCUGCAGCAACAGCAACAUGCGACAAACGGCAGCUACGCACAGCUUUGGGCUUACUUUGUGUCCUGCCGCGACGUGCAGCAGCCGGCGCUGAAUGAGCUGCUGCAUAGGCUGGAAGCACCAUUGCAGCUGGAGUGGCCCAUUUUCCGCAAUCAGAGUGUGAGCUGGCGCAAUGCCACACAGUUCGACUGGCUUGGCACAUUGGCGCGACUGCGCGGCUACGGCCUGAACGAUGUCCUGCUCCAUCUGGAUACCAGCGUGCGACAUCAGAACGCCACACACUAUGUGCUGCUCCUAGCGGCGCGAUCCAGCGCAGCUGCGCCAUUGACAGCGCCAAAAGUUGAGGCGCUGUAUGUGUCCUUUGGCUUGCCUGCCACACAGGCCAAGCAGCUGACCGCGCUGCUGUUGCAACUAGACGCUGCAGUCGUGCAGCUGACGCAGCAACAACGCGAACGCCCCUACGAGUUCGUGGAGUGCACGCUGGCGGAGUUGCAGCAGCGCUUGCCCCAAAUCGAUUGGUCGCACUAUCUGCAGGCAUUGCUGGAGGCGCCGCCAGCGCCAGAUCAACUGCUACAUGUGACUACGCUGGAUGCCAACUAUCUGGAGAGACUCAAGCAAGUGCUGGCGGGCAGCUCGAACGAAACCAUUUGCUAUUAUCUCAUGUUCAAGCUGCUCUAUUUGUGGAGCGAUGAGCUGCCGUCCAGCGAGCGGCGCGACUUGGACUGUGUGAUACAGUUGCGUGGCCACAUGCCGCUGGCCAUGAUGCAGCUAUACGAGCAGCAUUACUAUGCCACACGGCGUGCCACAACCGAUGCGGCGCUGCUGCAAAUACAGCAGCAGUUGAGUCUGCAGCUUGAGCUUGAGCUGCUGCAGUCGAAUCGCAUGCAACUGUCGCCGGCUGAGCGGCACUAUGUGCUGGAGGAGCUGCACAGCCUGCAGCUUAAGAUAGGCAACGUGCCGCCGCAGCUGAGCUUGCCACAAAUGAACGCCUACUACCAAGACUUGCAACUAAGUCCCAAGGACUUCUAUGGCAACAAACUGCAGCUGCUGCGCUUCUAUGAACGGCAGAUGAUGCAGCAGCUACGCAAUGUGCCGCGCUCCCUGGAUUUCGACUUGCAACCUGCGUUUGUGGCACGCAGCUCGUCGCCGGUGAAAACCUUUCAGAACGCUGUUAUGGUGCCGCACGGCUACCUGCAACUGCCGCUCUACGAUGCACGCCUCGCGCCGCUGCUGCAAUAUGCAACACUUGGCUUCAUUCUGGCGCACGAGCUGCAACACGCCUUCGGCUAUUUCCACAUCGUCUACGAUGCACGCAGCCAUUAUAGCCAAACGGGCUUGGAGCUCUUGCAGCGCUUUGACAAUUUUACACGCUGCCUGGGCGUUGCCGACGCUCCCGACGCUGCGCAGCAGCUGCAGCUUUCGGAGCGCAUGGCAGACAUUGUGGGUCUGCGUCUGGCCUACGACGCCUACUUCAACCAGCAGCAGCAGCAGUCGUCCGCCUACCCGCUGGUGAGCAACUUUACCCAGCAGCAGCUUUUCUUCAUCACCUCGGUGCAGUUUCUCUGCGCGGACAUGGCCAAGAUUACGGCGCAGUCACAACCAGCACCAGACCAUGGUGAGCAUGGCGAGCGCGUCAAUCGCAAUUGGCCACAUCUCGAACACUUUUCUGUGGCCUUCAACUGCAGCAAGGAUCAAGCAAUGUUUCAACAGCAGCCAUGUCGACUUUGGUGAUAAGCCAACUGCUCCAUUUAAAUGUUCAAAUUAU